CUUGCAGGCUCAGCAAAGCUGAUCGCAGAAUUCUUCCAAUACUCCAUAAACACAAUACUAUUCCAGCGCGGCGUCUACCCAGCCGAAGACUUCACGGCGGUCAAGAAAUACGGCCUCACAAUGCUCGUCUCCUCUGACGACCAAGUAAAAGCCUACAUCAAGAAAAUCAUGUCGCAGCUCGACAAAUGGAUGGUGCACGGCAAGAUCUCGAAGCUGGUUGUGGUCAUAACCAGCAAAGAUACGGGCGAACAUGUCGAGAGGUGGCAGUUUGAUGUGCAGAUAUUCAACAAGUCGAGCAAGAAGGCGAGUGCGAAGAAGGCGACAGAUAAGGAGAAUGCUGUGCCUGAGAACGAUACCCCAGCCCCAGCGCCUGAGAAAACAGAUGCAGAGAUCCAAGCCGAGAUCCAGUCCAUCUUCCGACAGAUCACAGCGUCAGUUACUUUUCUGCCUCAGUUAGAGGGCGACUGCACGUUCAAUGUGUUGGUGUAUGCGGAUGCCGAUAGUGAUGUGCCGAUGGAGUGGGGGGAUAGUGAUGCGAAAGAGAUUAAGAAUGGGGAGAAGGUCCAGUUGAGGAGUUUUAGUACGACGAAUCAUCGGGUUGAUACGUUAGUUAGUUAUAGGGUUGGUGAUUAA